GGUGUAUCCAGAUAAAGUUCCGCGCCACCGGAGUUUUAUCGCGUGAAACUCCGACUGUGUGUGUCCCGGUACCGUCGCUUCUAAAGCAAAGAUCCUCUAAAGCCUUUUAAUCUUGAGCUGCCCCUUUUCCUCAAGCUCAACUCGGUUGUAUUCGAUUCCAUUGUGAUCACACCGUUCCGAGUGGUCAAAGAUACAGAGCGAGAGGCCAAUCAGUCGAUCAAUUGGAAGAUAAACAUGUCAAUUCUCAACUUUUGGAAGAAGAGGGUCUCACCAGAACAGAUUACAUGGCAACAGGUGAACCCGUCGUUGUCCUCGAAGGCCACAAGUUUACCGCCACUGUCACCUGCUUACAAGUCCAAGCAGAGGGUGUUCACCUCUGGUCAGGUUGGUACAGAUGCUCAGGGGAAGCUUUCCAGCGAUAUCGUUGAGCAGACGGAGAACUGCUGUCUCAACAUGCAGAGAAUCCUGGAAACCACAGGUUCGAGCAUGUACAAAGUCGUCAAGGUGUUGUUGUUCAUCAAGAGACGUGAGGAUGCAGCCGUGGUCAAUGAGAUCUACCAGACAAAGUUUGGGAAUGCUCCACCGGCAAGAUCUGCUAUUCUGUGUGACUUCCCGAACCCAAACGUCCUUGUUGAAUUCGAAGUCAUUGCCACUGUGGAUCCAAGUCUGCAGCCGGUGAGUUGGGAGCAGAUUAAUGAACCAGCUUUGAAGUUCUUGUCUCCAGGUUUCAGAGCACAUGGAUUGGUGCAUACAUCUGGUCAAGUUGGAUUCGAUUCAAAUGGUGACCUGCCUUCUGAUAUCGCAGAGCAGACCAUCAAUGCCAUUGAAAAUGUUUCAAAAGUGUUGAAAGCCGGUGGUUCUUCCUUGGAUAACUCUCUAAAGGUUCUAUUCUUCAUCAGCAAGAGGGAAUACGCAUCCAUCGUUAACAAGAUCUACCCAAAGUACUUCAAGAACAAACCUGCAAGAUCUCUCAUUAUUGUUGAUUUCCCGAACAGUGACAUAGGUGUUGAAUUGGAAGUCAUUGCCUCGUCAGCAGCUUCGCCUUCACCAGUGAGACAGAUCACUUGGGAAGACAUCGGAUCCAGUGGCAACAACUUGUUAUCCCCAGCAUAUGCGACGAGAGACCUGGUCUUCACCUCCGGGCAAUUGGGUACCGAUUCGACGGGUAAAUUACCAGCUAACUGUAUAGCUCAAACCGAAAACGCACUGAAGAACGUUAUCAAGGUCCUCGAGGCCAGUGGAUCAUCUAUUGAUAAAUCUCUAAAGGUUCUAUUGCUCAUUAAAAACAGAGAAGACGUUUCUGCAAUCAACGAGGUCUAUGCUAAAUAUUUCACCACUAAACCGGCGAGAUCGGCAAUUCUCGUCGGAUUCCCAAAUCCAAACGUCCUGGUGGAGAUUGAAGUGGUCGCAGAAGUUGAUUCUACAAAGUCCAAGCUCUGAGAGCUGUUUUAUAACAUCAUCAUAGCAGUUUGUCCGUUCACUUAUAAGUGCCAUGUUGUAGGUAAAUGUCUGCACACCCGAACACCACAUAAUUAAGCUACGGGACAUCUCCUCGGACCAAGUCCCCCCCCCCAAAAGGUGACAUUAAAAUGCGAAUCAUCAAUCUCUAUCGGACAAAUUGCGAUCAAGGCCAAUCAUAGCCACAAGAAUGAUCCACUCCGUGCUUAUAUUCAACAACGACGGCGCACCAAGGCUUACAAAGUUUUAUUCACCAGUGGUGAGUUCUAUGUU